AUGUUUAGUGAAAAUUCAUCAUUACCUCAAUCACCAGGAUGUGCUUCUAAAAUUACUAGACUCAGUGCUCUUAGUUGUUUUGCUUUUUCUGGUAUUAUUUUCUGUAUCUUAAGUAUAGUACUAGCAUUAUUUCCAUUAAAUCCUAUCAUUCAAAAAUGGUACUUACCUAUUCCUCAAGCAAUUAAUUCGAUAGUAACAGAUGCACAUGUAAUUUACCCAACAAUAAAAGAUAUUCAAAUGUUAUCAAAAACAGUUAUUCGUGGUGAUGUUUUCUUCCAAUUUGGGUUUGAAGAAUUUAACAAGACUCUUGCUUUUGGGAAUGUUAUUAUUGAUAACCAAAUUGAUCCUAUAUUAAAUCUUACAAACUCAACUAUUUCUGGUAUGACUGAUUUUGUUAAUGGAAUUGCUGAUUUCUUACAUAAAUUUCAUAUAAAUUUUAAUUUGACAUUUGUACAGAAUUUAAAUAUUAUGAAUAAUAUUUUACAAGAAGUUCCUUCUCAAUUAUCUCAAAUGCAAAUUCAAAUGGAAAAAGCAUCUAUUGCAGGUGCUGCUUUAGGACAAGCAGUAGAUAUUAUUGGAAUGAGAUUUGAUAAAUUUCAUUCAGUUUGUGAAAAUUUAACUUUAGUUGUAGAUGAUGUUUUCACAAAUGUGGAUAUUAUAAUGAAUCAAUUAGAUCAAUUAGAUCAUUCUAUUCCUACAAUAAUUAUAAUAACAAAAUUAGUUGGUUGUUUUUUAUUUGCAUGGUUAUCAUUUAUAUCAAUUAUUUUAUUCAUAUUUAUUCUCUAA